UGCGUCAUUGCGAAUGGUGGAUGUCCAAAUUGACAGUUAUUGCAACCCAAUUUCCGACAUUGAAGCAAAACACCCAAUUGGCAACUGUGUUUUGGCGGGUAAGUUUUCAGAUAGGGUACCAAUGUACGUCUUUCUCGCUUGUCUGAACUUGAAAGACAUUAUAGUUUUCCUUUUGAUUCAGAUUUCUGGCUCUCCAGUAGUUCAGAUUGUUUUCCGCGGUUGUUUUUUCCCAACAUCGCAAAGGCUGUCUUCGUCGUAUAAAAGCCGCCGGACGGACUGUCGGAGUAGUUUAUAAUGGAGCCGCUUGAAAGUUGUUAAUGAGCCUUUUAAAGCCAUAGCCCUAAUUAUCUUGUACCCCCAAUUCCUCGUUUACCGAUUUCUAUUUCUAAACGUCAAGGGGCUGAAAAUUGAAUUGUUCAGAAAUGAUGCUGCGAACAUUGGCAUAUGGAGGCCGAGUUAUAUAUAGCAGAACUGCAUGUGAGGUCGAGAGAUCUGCAGAGAAGAUUCUCCGUCUCGUUGAAGAGAGGAGAAGUAAAGAAGAGGCUGUUGCUCUAGGAUUUGACAUGGAAUGGAAGCCUAGUUUUAAAAAAGGGGUUUCACCUGGGAAGGCUGCUGUUAUGCAGAUCUGUGGAGACAUGGACAAUUGUUAUGUUUUUCACAUAUUCCAUUCUGGAAUCUCCCAGAAUCUACAAUUGCUUCUUGAGAACAACACAAUACCAAAGGUUGGAGUAGGCAUUGCUAUUGAUGCUAAAAAGGCUUUCAAAGAUCAUAAUGUAUGUGUAAGUAGUUUAGUAGAUCUGUCUACACUGGCAAACCAAAAGGUUCAUGGAGGUCCUUCAAAAAGGAGUUUAUCAUCUUUAUCUCUAGAAUUCCUUCACCAAGAGCUUCCUAAAGAAAACUUCAUCAGAUUGGGAAAUUGGGAGACUGACAUUUUAUCUGAGAAACAACUUGAUUAUGCUGCCACAGAUGCUUAUAUUUCAUGGAAACUAUACCAUGCACUGAUGGAGCUUCCUAAUGUUGAUUAAGAAAGCAAUUAGGGAAGUGAUUAACCUUUUGAGUGGGCCCCUUAAAAAUCUAAAGGUGUUCCGUAAGAUUUCCUCCCAUGAUUCAAAAGAUGGAUCUCUGAUUCAUACAUUUAUAUAUUCUUUUGGUGUGGCUCAUGAACUUGUAUUCUUUCUUAUUAAUUAACUAUAACUAAUACACAUUUAUUCCCUCUUGCUCAUUGUUUAGCUGUUUGGGACUACUUAUCUAGUUAUCUGUACAAAAAGUUUGAGUGGCUAAGAUCUGAAAAAAACAGAGGAUUAGUAGUUAUUCCAUGCAGGAGUUGACAUAUAGAGAGAGUAGUACUUCAUGACUUCAUUUCAUUUAGUGAGAUUAGAUAAAUAUACACUCAUGGAUAUCCUAAAUCUAUGGUAAGUAGUUGAUUGUAAAGUGUACUUAA